AUGCUUAACCCGUCCGGGGUGGGAACCACGAGCACUCCUAAGAUACAGGUGCUGGAAGAGGCUGCUAUGUCCGGGGACACACGAUUAGGCCUCGGGGGGAAGAACGUGAUAAUGAUUUGGCAGCUGCACAAGUUGGCAGAUGUGCCUGUCAUCCCGUUUUACGGUACCAAGAGUACCAAGAGUACCAAGAGUACCGAGAGUAUCAAGAGUACCAAGAGUACCAAGAGUAUCAAGAGUACCAAGAGAAUCAAGAGUGUCAAGAGUACCAAGAGUACCAAGAGUACCAAGAGUAUCAAGAGUACCAAAAGUACCAAGAGUACCGAGAGUAUCAAAAGUACCAAGAGUACCAAGAGUAUCAAGAGUACCAAGAGUACCAAGAGUACCGAGAGUAUCAAAAGUACCAAGAGUACCGAGAGUAUCAAAAGUACCAAGAGUACCAAGAGUACCAAGAGUAUCAAGAGUACCAAGAGUACCGAGAGUAUCAAGAGUACCAAGAGAAUCAAGAGUGUCAAGAGUACCAAGAGUACCAAGAGUACCAAAAGUAUCAAGAGUACCAAGAGUACCAAGAGUACCGAGAGUAUCAAGAGGACCAAAAGUAUCAAGAGUGCCAAGAGUAGCAAGAGUACCAAAAGUACCAAGAGUAUCAAGAGUAUCAAAAGUACCAAGAAUACCAAGAGUACCAAGAGUAUCAAGAGUACCAAGAGUACCAAGAGUACCAAGAGUACCAAGAGUACCGAGAGUAUCAACAGUACCAAGAGUAUCAAGAGUACCAAGAGUACCAAGAGUACCGAGAGUAUCAACAGUACCAAGAGUAUCAAGAGUACCAAGAGUACCAAGAGUACCAAGAGUACCAAGUAG